AUGCACGCCACCACCGUUCAUGGCCUCGAUGCGAUGAGACCCACCUCAACCACGUCCGGGUCUGCGCCCUCUUCGACAUCGAUGUCGGCUGCGGCUGCGGCUACCGGCUCAUUUCCGCCACUCGAAGCCGCUCCGCAUGCCUCGCCAACCCACCUCAACGCUGAUGUUACUUCGCCAGGACAAGGCCUGCGGAUUCUGGCCAAUCAUCAUCGCCAGCACAAUCCGAACGACCCCAAGCUCAGAGCCAACCCCGUGUUCAAGUCACGUCGCUCUUCGCUGCUUGGCUCGGUGCUCAAGUCGAGGUCCAAGCAAGAUGCUCGUUCGCACACAAAACCCCCACCACGCUCCUCCACUGCUGGAACACCGUUGCCGCGCAAGUCGGGGGCGCCGCCCCACCAGCCCACAUCCACCCUCAGCACUUCUUCUCCUGAGACGCUCCUCGCAAAUGCCGACGUUCAUUUGUCAGCUCACAGUCACGGAGAACUUCGGCAUCUGCAUCCCAGCUCACGCUUCCCGCAUUCCAUCUCUCGGUCAGCACACGGCAUUCCGCACACCAAUGAAGCCAGCCCAUCUGAGUACAACAUGGAUGAAUCGCCAAAUCCGGCUUCAAUACCUUCGCCCGUUCAACUUGCAGAGGGCUCUGUCUCGACUUGUUCUUCCACGCAUGCCAAGGGCGGCCUCACCUUGGCUUCCGAUACGCGCCCAACCUCGCCUCCUUUGCUCGACACCCUCUUCGUAUCAAGGCCUGCAAUCCCCUCUGCUGCCGGCAACGAACUGCCACCGCCUCCGCAUACUGAUACCACGGGCUCCGUCUCUCCCGAUGCUGUCAAUCCCACCGAGGCUUCCAUGCUGCAACCACAGCUUAGCCGCUUGCCAGAAGAGAGCUUCACUGCAUCUGCUUCCUCUCCAAGCGUAGCAACAGAUUCGCCCGCCCGCCGAUCCAGCGUCGCUGUAUGUCCUGCUCUGCUUCCGCUCAUCACACGCACCGAUGUUUCGCAUGGACACAUUCAGCCUGGAGCUGUGCAGGGCCAGUCCCACUGUGCACCGAUCCAACAACUCGACGUCGACCGAGCGCCGGCGCCCUCACCAUCUCGGCAAGCUCUGGCUGCAACGGUCUCGGAACCCAAUCACUCCGAGCAGAGUGCCGCUCCCUCGUUGCAAGCAUUUCCUCGCUCGAGUUCUGCUCUUGUCACCUCGCCUCAGCGCUUUUCGAGCCUCGGUCGCAGGCUGGCAACCCGUUUAGCAGUCGAUGCGGAUCUCGAGAAUCCCUUCCCACUACCCCGCCAAGCUGCGCGCGAUAUCAAUGACGAGCUUGAAUCGCCCACGUCGCGUGAAAAGCUCAAUUCCCGCGCAGAUCGUCGCAUGAGCAUGCUCGACUUCCUCGCCGUCGAAGACAGCGCAGAUGCAUCCCCUCGACUCGCCCAGGCCAGCCUCUCUGCAGAGGACCUGCCACUGUCGAUGCGGGGAGCCUCUCCCACUCGCACCAGCAACUUUGCGCUGGUGCCUCCUUCCAUGCCUCUGCUGCACGCUAGUCGCCAGCUCAAGCUCGAGGCCGCUGCAGCUCGAUCCAAAACGCUACAGCCAAGGACAAUUGACCUGUGCAGCAAUGUUCGCGUUAGUGUCGAGCCGCUGGUCGAUCGUCUCACUAUGUUUGGGUCCAUGCAGUCAAGUUCAAAUUACUCGCUGGCUGGUACCGUCGUCGUAGAGGUUCCCAAGCUCAACGUACCAUGCCUUUCCUCGGCGGCUGCCCUGGCUCGUGACGGCUCCACCACAGACGAUCCCUCGGUGCACGUCGAGGCGCUUACAAUCCGCUUCACUGGCUACUCAGUUUACGUUGAUGCCACCGGAAGGUUCAAUGCCAUCAAGCUGACCGAGGUGUCGCAGGAGCUCCUCCAGCCGCAGGGCUAUUCGUGUCCUGUUCAACUUAUCGAAACCGGCGAUCCAUCCAUCUCGGACUUGCAAAAUGAGCUUGGCAGCCAGCGGAUUCUCAAGUAUGAGACCGAAUUCGACCUCUCGAUUCCAGGCUGGCUGCCAUCAUCCCAGCGUUCGCGUUUUGGUGCCACCUUCUAUUGCGUCCAGGCGACUGCCCUUGUCGAGGGUCAAGUCAUCCUCUCGGCUGUCUCUGGCUUCGAAGGACCUGGCAGCGACGCCUCCUAUGGUGAAUCGACGAACCUGAAUCUCGCCAGAUCGCUCGAGUCUGAGCUCAGCGACUUGGGUGGAAUGGAAGGUUCUCAGAGGGACGGCACACGCUCGCCGCCUUCCACGUCGAGCCGCAGCAAGACAAAGAAUACGUGGCUCAACAAGACCGCCAAGCAGCUGCAGCUCCGAACCUUGAAAAAGUCGACCGGCGCUGAACUCGAACAGAGCAGCUUAAGCCCACAAAGCCGUCGCGGAUUCGGCCCCAGGGAUGGGCCACAGCUUCCCUUUGAUGAAGCAGAUCCGCUUUUCACCAAAACCACCGAGGCUUGCAACCAGCUCUUGCCGUCAGGUCAGCAUUCCAUCAAGAGUGAGUCGCUCAGCAUCUUGAUAAGACGGUGCAGAGACGUUGUUCCUGUCCCCGUUGCAAGGCUUGCCAGACUCGCCACCGUCAGCCAGAUAAUGCGCGAUGCAGGCGCAACUCCUUCGCUUUCCCAGAGCAUGGCGGCUCUUGCCGGACUGCAAGAAGGAGCCGACUCUGGCUUGCCUGGCCUAUCCGCUGGUCUGAAUGGAAUGCAUCUUCCGAUCUCAGCAUCGGCACCAGCAUUGGCACCAAUGUCGCUGGCAGCGCUCGCUUCUGCAUCGCAUUCGGCCGACCCCGACACAGCUCAGACGGUGCCGAGCUCGAUUGCGUCGGACGCAAACGACUUGACUGCAAACGCCACUGGUAGCAGUCAAUGUCCCGCUGCCUUGGCUCCGUCGCCUCGCAUCGACGAGCUUCCCAGAAGCUGGGGCACGGAUGCAGCUGCCGAAGACGCGCGAAGGGAGGCAGCUGUCGUGAUGCCGCGGGUCCCAAGUGCUUUUGAUGCGCCUCAAGAUCCAGCCAAGUUGGCCGCGGCGGCUUCUGCCCUGACUCCUUCGGCUACGCUGCCCAACUUGCCAACUUCAACAAGUCGAGCCUCAUCUCUUUUGGAUCCUCGCUUCGGGAACGCCAACUCGCCCCCGCGGACAUCUUCGCGUGCAGUUCCGACGAGUCGAUCCUCUGCACCCCUUCGACACUUUGUGCAUCGUCCAACUCUGCACUUGCCUCCUGAGCUUGGAAUCACGCCCGACAAGGCUGCUGGCGGAGGCCUCAAUUUCUCGCUGACAUUGUCGCUGCCUUCGCACGUCCAUGUGACUGGGCCAAAGAGCGAUGUGCUCAGCUUCGGAGUUCAGAUCGAAGUGGGCCGUACUGAAGGUUGGGAGGCGCUGAAAAAGUGGGGUGGAUUGCGACUCAAGGACAUGGAGCUUGUAUGUCUGCAGACGGAGAGACACAGCUCGAUGCCAUCCCGCUCGUUCUGUGCUGCCUUCCCGGUACCACCGAUGCCAAACAAUGUUGACGCUGCGGACCUUCCUGUGGUAACGCGCGUACGAAGAACGCCAUCCGGCUCGAACGGUUCAAGCGACGCACAACGGGCGGCAGAGGAACGCUUCCGUCAGGGCUAUGAUCGAUCGCUUGUUUUAGGUCACAUUGCGCUCGCCAACCAGGGCAAAGCGCCGCAUCCAGCCGAGAACAACGUCGAGCGCGUCCGCACGACCAUCGUCGGUCCGCCUCCAUUUACGCUCCAGAACCAUGGAAAGGAAUCUGGCAAUGACGAACGGAACAGCUCACGCAAAGGGAAGACCAGAGUCGGUGGGGAUGCGACCGAGAGAUCGAACGGCCUGUCAAGCAGUCCUUCGCGAGGCAGUCCAGCAGGAUCUGGUACCAACACGCCCGACGGCGCUUCGCAAAGCGCCGGGCUCAGCAGCAGUCUGCGAGCCGCCUUUGCACCCGCUGCCCAGAUCAGUGCAGGUUCACGAGCGAGUGUGAUGCAGCCUCUACCUCGCGCCUUGACGCGGUCCCAUAACUCAAGCAGCUCGUCGUUGAGGCAGGCCAGCCAACGUGCUGACGGUGCUAGUUCGUUGCACCCUCGCCCUGGCUCUGCCGGCGGCACUGGUCAGCCGAGCGACUCUUCCUCCUCUGGGCCCGCCGGACGGAGCAGACGACCGAUUCCACUCGACUUCAGUGCAUCGGCGGCAAGCGAGACGACAAGGUCUAGUCCACCGCUCAACGGUCCUGCUUCAAACACUGCAGAGCCUGCAGACCUGUCUGCUGCAGUUGCUACAGCGAUGGCCUCGCAGGAUGGGGCUCACGCUACUCGAAGCGCCUCGCGUACCCAAGCUGAAUCGCCGAGCCUCGUUGCAUCAGAAUUGGGCACGCAACGCAGAAAUCCAACGGGCUCGCAGGCCACGAGGGCGGACGUCACAUCGACCGUGUCUACUAGGACAGGAGCACGAUCAGCGGUCGCGCCAAGGAGGAGCCGGUUCGAGACGGCGAUGAGCCGGCUUUCGACUUUUGCGAGCUCCAUGUUGGAGCAGCCCAACGAAGCUUCGGCCGCAGGAUUGAGCGCAGAAAAUCGAGGCGUUACCAGCGCGACGGCAAGCGCAAGCACUACGACAGCUGCUACUGGGGCGGCGGCCAGCCUUCGCGCUACAUACGCGUUUUCGGGUGAUGACGCUCAGGGAGUGGAUCUCACCAAAGGGCGUGUGCGAAUGACGAUCAAUCUGCCGUUGGUCUCGAGCGAUACGGACAAAGCGCGAAAGGGGGGCAGUGCCCAGCUGAUUCCAGAUUUUGAAAGUCCGUACGUGCGCGUGCGACACAAACUCAAAGUCAAGCUCGGGUUUGGUCUCAAGUCAAACGUGGCAUCGGGUCAAGACGGUCAGGACUGGGCGCAAGCAUUGGUCAUGUGCGUACCGGUACGCUUUACUGAAGCGCCUCCUAAGGAAGUGCAGGAUCAAUUUGGCCCGGUGACCGUCCGAGCAUCGACAGAGGACAGCUCAGAAACUGCUAGCCGCAGUGGAACCACGAGGGCGACGGCAUCGAGGACAAAUGCAGCUGGAGUCGAAGAGUCGUUGGAAGCGCGACUGCAUCCUGAUGCAGGGUUGCCCGUUCCGUUUGCAGAACCGCUGCUCCCCGCUUACGCUCAGCUCUUCCGCGAGGAUGGCUCGCGACUUGCGGAUGAGGGGGAGGAUCUCCCGCGAUAUCCAGGGAGGAUGUCGGUGGUCGGAGAGAUUGACGAGGAGGAUCCUGCCUCUGGCACACCUGCAUACGGUGGCGAGGGCGACACGGCAAUUAUCGACCCUUUGCAAGACGCAAGUGCGCUAGCGACGGUGCAAGAAGAUCGUAUGUCCGAGGCGGAGCAUGGAUCGUACACGCCGGAUGCCCCUCUGAACGUAGUUGGCAAUCCGUUCGAGCAUGUGCCCACCACGGGCUUGCCUGGAAUCGGACUAUCGACCCCCCCAAGAUUCUCGAGUUUACGAUCGUUGCCCACGCCGAUGGAUCGGACCGCGAGUCUACCGGGCGCUCGCCUGCUGACGCGAACCACUUCAUCCGGGCUGCAUGGUCUUCGCCAUGCGGCGUCGUCGCUGGCAGUGUCAGGUUCGAGUCAAAGUGCUACGGCCUCGCCUGCGGCAGAGCAAAGCAACAUGGCUGGCGGUAGGUCACGGGCAGGAUCGUCCGCGUUUGAUCCGCUGCCCAUUCGACCUGGUAUGCGACGACGUUCUGCAACGACGGCAUCGUUGGUGUCGUUCAGCCGCAUCAUGCCGGCCGAGGUGCUGGAUGAGGCGCUGGUGACGAGCGCGCUCGACGACGAAGAAGACCGCAUGGACGGACUGCAGGCGUCGGACACGUUGAACAGCCUGGAUGGCACGCGCAUGCAAGGUGACCUAGAAAUAAUGCAUGGCAUCGGCCAGGACGAAGAUAUGGAGGACGACGAGGACAAUGUGGAAGGACUAGCAGACGGAGGCGAGGACGACGAGGAGCUCGACGGAAACGGCAGUCUCGAGACGGAUAGCGAAGCUGGACACGCCGCGGUCGACAGGCACCUUGCACAGCUCAGCGAAAGCGAACAUGAACAUGCAGAGAUUGGGAGAGCCUUUUGA